AUGUCUAAUGAAGUGGACCACUUAGCCAAUGGUCUGAAUGAGCUAAAGCCUCUGGCAGUUAGUAGCUCAUCAGCAAACAGUACAGCUUCGAAAAAAGGUUCUGGCUGGUUUGUUUCAGCGUUUCUUGUGGUCAACACUACACUGGGUGCCGGACUUCUCAACUUCCCCAUGGCAUACCAUCAGGCUGGUGGUGUCUUGGCGGCUGUGAUCGUGCAAUCAGUCCUGAUGGUGUUUGUAGUGAUAGCAAUAUUCAUCAUGUGUUACUGUUCUGAUACCAAGGGAAGCAACACCUACCAAGACGUGGUUCUCUCCAUCUGUGGCCCUAAAGCCCAGCUGGCUUGUGCAAUCAGUAUAGCCAUCACCUGCUUCUGCACGUGCAUCACAUUUCUAAUUAUAAUUAGUGACCAGUGGGAGAUAAUUUUCCUCAAUAUUUCAUAUGAUCACUACUGUAACACACAGCCCUUCUACAUGACCAGAACUUUUAUUAUAUCAUCUACGUCCAUAGCUUUCAUACUGCCGAUAUGUUUUCCUAAAAGGAUAGAUUUUUUAAGAUAUGCCAGCAUCGUUGGUGUUAUAGGUAUCUUGUAUGUAGUUGGACUUGUUACCAUCAAAUAUUUUCUUCCUCAUGAUAAUCAAGGAAUUAUUGCCACUAGGCCUCAUUCAUGGUUGGACGUGUUUCUCGUCGUUCCACAAAUUUGUUUUUCUUAUGAGUGUCAUGUCGGUAUCGUCCCCAUUUACUCAUGUAUGGGCAAACGCAACAUCAGAGAGUUCUCUAAAACAGUAACACUUGCCAUGAUAUUGUGUAUCAUAACUUACACAGUCACUGCAACUCUGGGUUAUUUACAGUUUGGUAACAAUAUCACAAACGACAUACUGCUGUCGUUUAACCCUACAGCCGAGGUGAUGGUGGCUGUAGUUCUUGUUGCUGUAAAGACUUACACCACAUAUCCCAUUUUUUGUUUCCUUGGGAAGUAA